AUGUAUGUUCCACUAUUUAUUCUUGUACCUGAGCCUAUGCUGAUGAAUUUGAUCCAGGGUGCUGAGUAUCAGGUUCCUACGACCCAGGAGGAACUACUCAACGGUCAGACUGGACCUAUAGUAUACAGUGCGAGAGCAGAGAAGGAGUUCCCAGUGAAUAUGAAGAGUACAAUGCAUGUCUUCUCGUCUCACCCCGACUUUCGAUGGGGAAGCGUCCACCAUUAUCGAAAGCCCGGGCACGUUUACAACGACCAAAUGAAGUUCCGCCAUCGUGACUUCGCGGACCGUGUGAAGAACAAGCCACAGAGUGACCGCUACUUGCAUCACGAGCACGGCUAUCUGCGCGAUCUUAUCGUGCAGACUACCGACGACAUCUUCUUGGCCAACAGCAACGCGACCUGGAUGCGCACGUAUAUUCGCAAGCAGGCCCCAAUCAGAACUCGUAUGGCCACUUGGGUCAUUGAUUUCAGCUAUGAUCCCGAGAGCUGGGAGGAUUGGUGGAUCAUGAUCCUCCGCGCUCUACCCGCCGCAAUUGGUAUGACGUUCAUUUUCUGGGAAGUCUCAAUCACGGGCCAGGAGAGAUUCAACGGCCGCUACGCACCAGUUCCGUACAAGUUCCAUGGACACGCCAAAGCCUGGAGUAACCAUCUCGAGAACCGCCUGCAUGACGUCCCCCUCGCACCUAGAAGGCCCAACGAGUACCAUAUUCUAAAGCCCAGGCAUCUAUGUUUCCUUCGCAACCCCAAGGAGUCGGAACUUCGCGGCUUAGACAUCCGCGAGGUCAGCGCCUGGGAGGCAGACGAGGGCCCGAACGAGAACCUCAGCUACCUCUUCGUCGCGUAUUCUGCAGACCACUUCAACCAUGGUUCGGAAGAGGACAUGCAGGCCCUGCAUUCCAUUGCAGAGUUCGCCUGCCGCCAGGCCCGGCUCCCGGCGUACUGGGUGUACCGAAUCUCUGAUAUCCUUCGUGGUGCUCAGGACCUGAUCAUCGCUGUCGGGAACAGCUCGACGCGCGCCAGCCUCGGCAAGAAGCCCGACACCGAGGCUCUGCUUCGCCACUGGGGCACCCGAAUGUGGACGUUUCCCGAAGUGCUCCUCAGCCCCGGAAAGCACAUCACAGUCUACACCCGCGAUGGCAACCUGAACUCGCCCCUGGUCCUGAGCAAGAACCAGUUCGCCGGCCGCGUCUGGGCCGACACGGAUGCGGAGACCUCGCGGCAGCUGAUCGAUCACUACAUCGGCAGCCUGGACCUCAGCCGGCUCGAGCUGGCGGUGCUUCUCCUGAGGUGUCUCUACGGGCGCCAGACGACGCAGCACCUGAGGGGCGACCGCGCGUACGCACUGAUGGGCCUGCUGCGCAUGCGGCCCGAGAUUGACCGGACGGAUUCGGAGUUCCAGGCGUUCGCGCGGCUCUCGCUGGCCAACGACUCGGACCAGCUGCUCGAGCGCUCGCUCUGCACCCUGCCGCUGUCGCCCGGCCAGCCCUGGUACGACAUGACCGACGCGUACCAGUCGGCCCUGUGGGACAUCGCCCCGACGUGCCAGAUCGCCGCCAUCUGCGACAACAACACCGUCAUUGUGGACGGCGCCUACGGUGCCAGCAUACGCUGGAAGUCCUUCUACCGCAUCCGGUUCCAGCGCAAUAUGUCGUUCAAGAGGUGGGUGUCGGCGUUCCUCAUGGAGUACAACGGCUACAACCUCAUCAUUGCCAGCACCUUGCUCGGCAUCGGCUCCGGUCCGCCGAUCAAUAGCGCCGCGGUCGGCGUUGGUGUCAUCUUUCUCUUGAUCUUCCUAUACUUCUGGUUCAUGACUCCCAAGCUCGUGCGUGUGCUGCUCGGUGGCAAGUUCAUAAACGUACAGGCCACCCUCUUCGGUCUCGAAGGCCACCUAAACGCCGCCACCAUUGAGCGGACGCUGUUCGGGGGCGCCUUCGGACGCAUGACGUGGUCCGUCAACGGCAGCCCGCUGAGCCGGUCGCGGCUCAACCAGUACGGCGAGCGCGAGGGUAUCGACCCGGCCAAGGACCCGGAGGUGCGGCACAAGAUCGAGGCGGCCAAGCACGCCCAGCCGGGCCAGAUGAGGAUCUUCACCCUCGUCGACACAUACAACAUGGAGCUGACGCUGUUCGAGGCGGCGAGGCCCCCGACGUGCAUCUUUGUCUGCGCGGCCGAGGGCGGCAUGAGGCGCGCGGUCGCCUGCUCCUACGACUGGGUGACGCAGACCAUGUGCCGCGAGACGGUCCUGCGCAUACCCACGAGGAGCCUGAACAGGAUGGACCGGGUGCCCCGGUUCAGGAUGGGGACGAGGUGGCCGGCCGCAAACGACGAGCGCCCUGAUCUGGCUACGCGCCCCUUCUACGGUGGUGGCGGUGGUGGUACGGUCUAG